CUCGGUUGGUCUCGGGCAGACUCGGCUACUGAGGCAGAGGAGGGGGGACUGUUGUCAUUCGUUCGGGCUGUGUGUCGAGCUUUUGUCCAGCAGAGAUGGCCGGGAUUAAAGCUCUCAUCAGCCUGUCCUUUGGAGGGGCCGUCGGCCUCAUGUUCCUCAUGCUUGGAUGUGCCCUCCCUGUGUACGACAAAUACUGGCCUUUGUUCCUCCUCUUUUUCUACAUCCUCUCUCCCCUCCCUUACUGCAUCUCGCGGAGAGUGGUCGACGACACGGACUCGGCCAGUAACGCCUGCAAAGAGCUGGCCAUCUUCCUCACGACGGGCAUCGUCAUCUCGGCGUUCGGCCUGCCAAUCAUCUUUGCAAGAGCCGAAGUAAUCGCCUGGGGGGCGUGUGCGCUCGUGCUAACGGGUAACGUAGUCAUCUUUGGGACCAUCCUGGGCUUCUUCCUGGUCUUUGGAUCCAACGACGACUUCAGUUGGCAGCAGUGGUAAAACAGCAGAGGGAGGGAGACCUUAGUCUGAACUGUUUUUAUUAGCGUUACUAUUAUUAUUGUUAUGGUAUUACCAUUUGGUUCUUGUUGUUGUUAUUUAUAAUGAUGACCGCCCAUCCAUAGACUCACAUCAAACCAGUGCAAUACUGUUUGUUUUUGUUUUCUUUGGUUUUUUACCGCUUGCAUCAUGUUGAACUGACAGCAGUGGGAUGGAAAAUGCUGACUGAGUUGGACCCCCCCCCCUCCAUUUUUAAGUUUUGCUCUCUGACUUCUGUGCUGUGAGUUUCCUCCAUUGUUGGUUUUUUUUUUUGUGUGUGUGUGCGUUCACUUUUAUUUGAAGAAAAACAAGCUGGUGAACAGCUGUUACAGCGUUUUAUCUGUGAACACGUGUUUAAAAAGAUUUCAAAAUCGAUGUCACGGACCAAAAGGACACAGUCACGAUGUCCGGCCUCAUUUCUGCAGUUAACAGAGAUGCUUAAAAACACUGGAAGGAGCUUCUUCUUUGUGAACUUAGUGUAAAUCAGCUGGAAAUUGGCGGAAAAUCUGCACAACAUGAGCUCAGAUUUCACCACACACACGUCUCCAUUUUGUGUCGGUCUCACUGGAUUUAAACCAAACAAUCCAGCUGAUGUAAUGCGGGUUUAUCUCAGCUUUCAGCCAGUAUAAUGUGAAGGACACUAAGCUUGACUGCGCUUGUGAAAGUACUGGGCUGUUACUGCCACUAACAGUACCCAUCGUUCAAACCCUGUUAUAUGUGUAAAUGAUUUAAAUCGUUCUCAUCACACAACCUGAGGAGGUGGUGUGCAGGAGCGGCGUUUCAUUUUAAACUUGCUCGCUAUAACACCAGAGAUCAAAUUAAGCUGAUUUAGUAGUUUCCCAGGUGCCAUCGGGAUGCAGACUGCUUACUCGCCAGGUUAUUCUGCAUUUGAUCGGCUCGUAAUUCACCGUUCAUGCGAGCUGGCGUCUUCCUGUCAGGUCAAGAAAGUAUGACAAGCCCAAAGCAGCCGCCAGCUAGCAUUGGAUUAGCUCAAGGACAGCAUGAAACUCGGCCAAGCUACCCUAAGAGCCCAGUCAGUCACUUAACAGCUUUUAAGCUUUUGACUGUGACUCCCUCAGAGCAGAAGGAUCCAGUGACUUUGCUCGGCAUUCCAGCUCCGACACAUGCAUUUUCUCACAUCAGGAUUCCCUGGAUAUUUUUUUUUUAAUCCAGGGAAUAAUAAGAGAGAACAAAAAAAAGAUGCAGUGUGAUCAAAGUUUGAAAGUCUGUGUAAAGAGUCUGCAUGCUGGUUUAUGUAAUCUGCUGCAGCUCCUUGAUAAUCGGCGCCUCAGACUGCUGUUCGUUUAAACUGCAUUAGCGGUGGUUAAACGAGGAAUUAAGCACCUGCAGAGCACUGCGGUGUCAGGCGGCGCAUCGAGUUUCACUUUUUUUCUUUUUUUGUGGAUUAGUUUUGAAUUUCUCCCAUAAUUUUCCCAAACAUUAAAAGAAUCGAAUGUUUUAUCUCUUGAGAUCAGAAGUUCUUUCCUUCAGACUUCCAGUGGAAGUCUUUGGCUUGUCCCGAGGACUAGAAGCAGGAGGAAACAGCCUUCCAACAUGUACAAAGUUCAGCAGUCAUAUUUUAUUUAAUUUGUUUUAAUUCGCAAACUGAAAUUUAAUGCUGACAGUUUCUGAUUUUAGAGUUAGUUUUAGAGUGCUAAUGACGGUCAAAUAAAGUUUUUAAUUUUAGUUACUUCCAAUUAAUAAAUAAACUUUAGAUUAGAGCUGUGAACACCUUUGUUCUAGUGUUUAAUCAUCUCUGUACUCGAGCUUCAGACUAUUACUUUAAAUUGAAUUUGUGUAAUUGGCCCUUUAAUCCUGAUAAACAGCCUUCACAGUAUUUCCUGCUUUAGUCAAAGACCCUCCAAUGAAAGCAUUAGAAACCGUCUGACUGGGUUUCAUGAUCACAAAUUAAAAUCAGCCCUGCUCACAUUUCCAGCCCGAGGGAAGAUGCUGAUUGUAUAAAAAGCGCCGCAGUGAUGGCAGCUUUUUGUUCUCCGUUAAAAAUGUGUUUUAAAAAACUUACUACUGAUGUGAUCUGCGCGUUUGACGAGGUAACCCCACGAAUGAUCCCUCUGCUGUAAGUCUGUGAGCCCGUCUGUGGUUGGGACCAGCAGGGCAGCUCUGCGUGGUGUUCCUGAGGCACGGCGUCUGUGACGCUGGGUUUUCAUCUACACGUGUCAAAUGUUGUCAGAUUUUUUGUUUUGUGGUCUGCCGUUAACUCUGCCCUGUCAGUCCGGUGUGUAGCUGUGGGACGAGUCCCUGUUUACUCUUUUGUUUCUCUCACAUCUUUGAAGGAUAUUGUAUUUAUUUAUUUGGUGGACACUUUGUGUCGAUGUACACCAUUUUCUAUCUGCAGCUGUUAUGUUGAAGAUGAGGAAGUCAGCACGGUGGUUUCUUUUCUUUUCUUUUCUUUUUUUUAAAAUAAAUGCCAUUUUCAAAAGUC